AUGGGUAUCUUCACGCUUCUGGCGUUCUUCUACGGAACCGUCGGUGGUGCGACGAGCUUCCUCCUAUUGUUUUUACUGUUCUUUCGUAAAACCGAGCAUGCUCUCUCCGACACGGUGCGCAAGAAGGCACGCAAGCACGCCGAGUUUGACGCCGUCGCCAAGGAGGCUGCGGUGGUGGCCCCCGCUAAGGUGGAGACGCUGUGCAAGAUGGUCCGCUUCGACGACGGCAUCGUCGGCGAUGCGAUUCAAUGCCGCAUGGUCUUCUACGGCAGCACCAUCGACGUGUAUAAGGUGGACAAGCUUUGCACGCUUCCAGAUCACCGCCACGAGGUUGUCUCGGAGCACAUGCUAGGCCGCAUCAACCGCGCCUGCGUCAGCGUCACCUCGCAGCGCAUUUCGAAGUACCACCGCCACCGCAACCAGAGCACGCGCUAUGCCGCCAUCAAGGGCAAGUGCACUGUCCUGAACCACAAGGACGGUAUGCCACUCUUCCUCGAAGAUCCGAACGCGAUCCUGAAGGAGCGACUGCGGUGUGUCAGGGAACGGCAGGCGCAUGAGGCCAUGGUGGAGCAGCUGUGCCGCCGAUCUCGGCAUGACGGCAAGGCGGUGACGGAGAAGGAGUUCGCGAUGGAGAUGCGGCGUAUGCAGUGCGAGGCGUAUAAUGAGGGGUGCGAUCACUUUGCCACGGCGGCAAGAGGCUUAGGCUACCAGCACGAUUGGACGGGCAUGAACACCACCGCACCGCGCGGCAGUGGCGCCCCCCACCCAUCGGCGUUGAACUUGCAGUGUUGCAGCUCCGGUGCCGCGGCAGGGCGCCGUGGUGCAGACGUGUCGCCACGGGGGGAGGAGGAGGUGCCGCUGUCACGAUGGACGUGUGUGGCGAUCAAGUUCCCAACGCGGCGUGUGCAGGAGCGAUGGCUAAACCUGCUGCAGUCGACGCCGGAGUCAGCGCAGUGGCACGACUUCAUCACCCACCUGCCCCAGAUGGAUGUUUUUAACCUCCUCAUCGCCCGCCUCUUCUUCGAGAACUCGCGCGCGAACACGCUGCACGACCUGCUAGAGGAGAAGCUCAAAAAGAAAUUAGCGCGUGUGUCAAAGUCUCUACCGCCGAAACUGCGCGGCAACAUCUUCCUCGACUCGCUUGACGUCGGAGGCGAGAUCCCGCUCAUCAGCAACGUGAGCGAUCCGGUGCCAUCGACGUGCGGCGAUACCGAGUUCGACUUCGACGUGCUCUACCGCGGUGGCCUUGCGCUGAAGAUUCGAUUCUCGGUCCUGUACCGCGACAUCCGCGUGCCGGACAUUAUCUUCAGUAUCAAAGUGCUUGAGUUGGCGGGUCGCAUGCGCUUUGCCGUGGGGCCGCCGCCGACGCGCAAGUUCUGGCUUGGUGGACCGCAGCCUCCGCAGCUGAGACUGGAGUUCACGCAGGAGGUUGCCUCGCAUGACGGUAUUUUGAAUGCGGUCCUGAGGCUGUUGCCGGACAUGAGCAAAAUCGCGUCGAACAUUGUGAAGGUGCUGCUGUUUGAGGAUAUGGUGUUCCCGAACAUGGACGACUUCCCGUGGCCUAUUUUCGGCGAGGACAGCGAUGACGACGAUUCGGCUACCGCGUACAGCGACGUAGCGGACACGGUGAAGCGCGACGUUGAGCAUCGAGGCGCGACACCUGAGAUGCCCUCCACACCACCGCUGCGACCGAUACCGCAUUCCGCCUCGCCUCCUAACGUAGCGGCACCGCAAAGCUACUCCAGCAGCUGCGGCACCUUUGACAGUGACUGUGGCGCGGGUGCGCUGUCGCUUACUCGAUCACCACUGCUUCAGUCCUCGCUAAGGACGAACUCGACGUCGUCAAUUAGCACUCUGCCCCAUGGACUACCGCCGCGACCGCCACGAGUGGCCUCAUCUGAGUUCCUGCACGGGAACGCCGUUCGUGUCCCAACGUCGCGGGCACCGAGGCUGUUGGGCAGCCCCGCGUUGUCGGGGCCCCACUCGCGAUCUCUGUUGGACAGCGGUGACGAUGCUUGUCGCAGUACGUCUGGCACCUCGAGCCAUGGUGGAAGGUGA